AAACAUGGCGGUACACUGAGCAACGCGGUUAAGGAAUAGGGCAUUGAACGGAAGAUAGUUUGUUUUUCCAUCUCUUCUCGUUCACAGACAGUUCCGUACAUCAGCGCACUGUGCUGGUGGUGACUGCUGACUUCCAGCAGAGUCAGUGGGCAGGUGAGACAUGGCAGCGCAAGGAGGCGUCCUGUUCCAGGAGAAGGUCAGCAGGCUGCUCAGCAAACACAACGGAAAACCUGUCAUCAAACCCAACAGGACUCUGGCUCUGAGAGAUGCGGUGGCCAACCGCAAACCCAAGAAAGGAGAGGCUACCUGUAUCACAGAGAUGUCAGUCAUGAUGGCCUGUUGGAAGCAGAACAACUUUGUGGACGGUCUGUGCUCGAAUGAGAUUAACUCCUUCUACACCUGUGUUGAGAAGGCUCAGGCUGCUAUGAAGAACAAAUCAGAACAGACCAGAAUGCAGGGAGGACAUCUGCACCCAAAACAAGCCACAACACUGCUGAAGAGAUAUCCCAACCUGCGUUCUGAGAUCUAGAAUGGAUUUUUCAACGCAUAUGUUAUAUGGACUUGAGAUGUGCAGGUUAAAAACAGGCCAUUUGACUGAGUCUUGGGACUGGGUUUCAUAAUGUUAAGGUAUUUUCCAGAGUGGUCUGAUUUAAGAAAAAUCAUCUCUUUAAUAGUUAGAUACAGUCAUUACUUCAUCUGUGUCAAUUGUGUCAAAUAUUUCAGCAAUGGUAUAUAAUAUACAUUUGUGCAAUAAAUGACUUAAGGCAACAUCA